GUAAAUCCUGACCUUCUCUUUGAAGAGCUGGCGAAUGCCAAGACACCAUGGCACCACUCCCAGUAUGGUACAAGUAGGCUGGGUUUCUCGUCGUUCGUCAUCUCACCGAAAACUCCCAGAACGGCACCUAUGACGCAGGUCGUCCUGGUGACCAGCCUCUCUUUGAUGGGAAUGAGCAAAUGUCGCUCUCACCGAUACCGCUAACGAUAUCCUUCAUGGUCUCUUUACGUUACCUGCCCCCUCAUCAACUGGAUCCUUGGGUCGACCAUGUGCUUGGUCUUCUGACCCUUUUCCUUGGUUCUUUAGGAUACGCUGUAUACAUCAGUGCGCUCUGGUGCUAUCAGAUUCAAAAAGCUGCUUGGCUCACUAUUCUCGCUGGUGCCAUUCUCGGUAUUUCCGCCGGUCUUCUGUGGGUUGUACAGGGGGCAAUCAUGAUGUCUUGUCCUCUCGAAAAGGACAACGGUAAGGCCUUCGGUAUCUUCUGGGCGAUCUUUCAAUUUGGGGCGUUCAUCGGCUCCGUCACCACCCUCUUACGCAGGGCGGCACCAGCGCCGUCUCAACUAGCACACACGUUGCCUUCUUGGCUGUUAGCUUCCUCGGUGUUGGCUCUCCCCCUUCAGACGAUUGUUCGCGGCGACGCAAAGUGUAGUCAAAGCUGAAGCCCCAAACGGGAGGUCGCUAACUUCCUAUGUUCGACUUCGCUUCAAACCACUCCUACCCUUGCCCGGGGCUGUGAACGCGUUCUACUUCGACUCUCCAACUCGUUCCCUGAACGCUACACUCGACAGUGCUCCUACGGAGCUCCGCUCAGCCGCAAAGGGGGUGUGAUCAUCUUUAUC